GAAUUAUUUUUCCAGCAGUUUUCUUAUUGAGCUAGCAAGUGAUCGAGCAUAGCAGUAUAUAAAAAUGUUGGUACAGCACAUUUUGAAGCAAGGCCUUUUGGUUAAAAAUGUUGGUGCUCUGUCACGCGCAGCCUACCAUGGUGGUCACCAUCAACAAAGCACUUUAAACGAUUUGCCCGUACCUGAGGGUGAUUGGAAAGAAAACCACUCGCGCCAGAACACAAAAUACAAUGCUUGGCUGAUCACUGGCGUUCUUUUCUUAGCGGGCACCAUCGGCUUCGCAAAGUCAUCCGGAGUUAUUGAAUUGAACAGCAAGGUACCACAGUCGCUGGACUAAAAUGUUAUUAUAUAGCCUUAUUUUAGGUAUGUACCCUAUUAUGGGUGUACAUAAUAAGUCUGGAUCUAAUCGACCGAAACAUCGUCUACGGUUAAAGAAAAGUUGUAACAUUUUAUGCGUAAACAAUAAAAAUUUGUGAAAUCUGUGAAA